AUGCAGUAUCGCAUGCAAACGACGACCAUUUGGGAGUCGAAUAAUCUUCCAAAUGUGACCUCGACAAGUAAUAUAGAACUAGCGAUGAUAUCAGAACAUUUGUUUAAUAAAUCAUCUCAUGAACUACUUAAUUAUGUACAGAUAAAUUAUCAGGGGCAAACAAGUUUUAACAAUUUUACUGAUAAUGCUCUUGAAAGGUUAUUAAAUACAUCAUCUAAUGCUUUUUUAACAUUAACAACAAAAUCUUUAAUAAAGUUAUUUGAUAACUAUGAAUUGAAUACAUCUCAACCAGAGAUUGUAACAAAACAAAAAGAUACAGAAGAAAAUGAAUUUAUUGAUAAUUUAAUGGAAACAGAUGUAAUGUUACAUGUUAUGCAUUUUUUAUCACUCAAAGGCUUCGUUAAAAAUGAUAUACAAGCUUAUAAAAACAUUUUGAAGGAAAUUUGGUUUCAUUUAUAUUCUCGGACUAAAGGAAUAAAUGGUACUUCAGGGUUUGAACAUGUAUUUAUAGGAGAAAGAAAGCCACGUAAAGGUAUUAUAGGGCUUCACAACUGGAUUUCUUUUUUCUUUGGAGAGUUGUCAAAUAAAAUUAAUUAUUAUGGAUUUUCCCGUAAUAAAGAAUUCGUUAAUAAAGCUGUCAUUUUAGAUACAUAUUUCACUUACUUUGGAAAACGUAAAAGGUCAACUAUGUUUAUUGGGACAUCACCAGAAUUAGAAAUAGCAAUCUAUACACUUUGUUUUUUUACACGGCCCAAUAAAAGAUGUAAAAUGUCUUUUACAGGAUUUAAAUUUGAUAUUCAGACAUAUGUAUCACAAAAUAAUGGUAAAAAAUUCAUUGGGUCUGCCUUUCCCAUUUUAGGAAAGAUAUAA